GAUUCAAUGUUUACAACUUUCACUUUCGGUUGUGACAGCGUGCAAAUAACAAUACUUGACGACAUUACGCUUUUCAUCUGUACGUGUAAAUUUGAAAUGCUGUGCUAAGAGAAUGUUGUGUAGAGCAAAAUGUAUGUAUUUAUUGACAGUGAGAAUCGGUUCUGGUCUGAAAACAUCCCAUGUAACGCGAAGCAUUCGCUAUUUCAGUGGAAAUAAAAACAGUGUCGAUUUGUUUAGCGGUCACUUUCGAACACAAAAACAAAGCAUUAUUAACAACAGCAUUCCUGGGUUUACAGGAAUUCAGCGUCAUUUCUCAUUGUCUACUUGUUACAAGUGCAAAAAGCCUGCUGAAGGAGUUCAAGACAAACCCAACAAGGCUGAGAACAUUCUGACGGUUCCAAAUCUGCUAACGACGUGUAGAAUUAUUUCUGCUCCGUUUUUGGGGUAUAUGAUCACACACGGUCAUUAUGAGAUGGCUCUAGGUUUAUUCAUUGUAGCAGGCAUUACUGACGUGCUUGAUGGGUACAUUGCCAGGAAUUUUGAGGGUCAGAUGUCUAGCUUCGGUACAUUUUUGGAUCCACUGGCAGACAAGGUGAUGAUGACAGUGAUGUAUGUUACACUUUCCAUGGCCAACAUUGUACCAGUUGCUCUGACUGCUUCAGUGGUUGGCCGGGAUGUGCUACUAGUAGCAGCCGGAAUUUAUAUCAAAUAUAUCUCCCUUAAACCUCCAAUAACUGUACGGAAUUUCUUUGAUUUUACCAAUGCAAGUGCCACACUUCAUCCCUCAACACUAAGCAAGUACAACACCUUUCUACAGCUGGUGCUGGUUGUUUCAGCCUUGACAGCACAAAUAAUGGGAUGGGAAGAUCACCUACUGCUUCAAGCUUUAUAUCUGAUGACAGGCUGUACAACAGUUGGAUCUGGCCUACAGUACAUGUGGAAUUCAAAAGCAUAUUUUAAAAUAAAACCAAACUAAGAA